GACCUGGUCAGAACAAUCACUUUCCCCUCUGUGCUUCCUCCUCCUCCUCCUCCUCCUCCUCCUCCUCUCUCAGCAGCAGGGAGGAGACAGGGAGGAGAAAGGGAGGAGGAGGGCUCAGAGAUCUGACGCAGUGUGAGCGGCUGCUUCACUUCCACUCCCCGCUCCCAGGAAGAGACCCAGCGGCUCGGGAAGCUCCCACAAACACUCGGAUAAACCCGGGCACAGAGCUCCAGAGGUCGGGCUGUGGAGGCCAUGAGGACCCCGGUGAGGCACGGAGCGCAGCCGCGGCACCGGAGCUCGGAUCGGGGCACGGAGCCGGAGCUGUAACCGCGGAGGUUUGUUGUCAUUGUGUGCAGAGUGGCGCAGGAGAAAAGGAUGCCUCCGCGGCCGCAGACACUCCUCCUGCUCCCGUCGACUAGAUUCAUUAUUGCCCGACACAAACUGUCCUUUGUCUCCUCUGUGACGGAGGCUCUGCUGCUGAGGAGCGCGCUGAUUUGUGAAGCACACCGUCCACCAUGCUGCCCGCUCCGUCUCCAUGAAAACUCUCCAUGAUAACAGGGAGGAAGAGGAGGAGGAGGAGGGUUCCGGCUGCAGCGCCAUGGAGGACAAGGAGAACAAUCUGAGGACGGCCAGGUUGUGGAGGGAUGCCGCCCUCCGCUCCAGGAAGCUGCGGAGCAACCUGCGCCAGCUCACCCUCUGCUCCAAAGACAACCAGAUCAUACUGCCGGAGGAUAUAGCCGAGAUAGAGGUGCUCAACCUGGGCAACAACUCCCUCCAGGAGCUGCCAGACGGGCUGGGAUCCUCCCUCAACAACCUGCGCAUCCUCGUCCUCCGCAGGAACAAGUUCACCUCUGUCCCGCGGGUGGUGUUUGAGCUGGGGCAGCUGGUGGAGCUGGACAUGAGCCACAACUGCCUGAGGAGCCUGUCUGAGGGUGUGGGGCAGCUGAAGGGGCUCAAGAAGCUAUGCAUCAGUCACAAUAAAAUCCAGAGCCUGCCCGCUCAGAUCGGGGCGCUUCAGGUCCUGGAGGAGCUCGACAUCAGCUUCAACGACCUGUACGACUUCCCCGGGUCUUUCUCCAGCCUCACCAAGCUGCGGACUCUGGAUGCAGAUCACAACAAGCUGAACCAGUUCCCCCCUGAGAUCCUGGCUCUCAGCGAGCUGGAGGAGCUGGACUGCUCCGGGAACAAGUUUGAGGUGUUACCAGCCGACGUCAUGAAGCUGCAGUCCAUCAAGAUCCUGUGGCUCAGCAGUCUUCACAUGUCCACGUUACCGGACACGUUCUGUCAGCUGCAGCACCUGGAGAGCCUGAUGCUGGACGGGAACGAGCUCACGGCGCUGCCUGCUGCUUUCAGCCGCCUGCAGAGACUCAAGAUGAUUAAUUUGUCCUCUAAUGAGUUUGAGAACUUCCCCCAGGUUAUUUUGAGCAUCACAGGGUUAGAGGAAAUUUACCUGAGCAGGAACAAACUGACUCAUAUCCCAGAGGAAGUGGGGCAGCUGGUGAAGCUGGCCAACCUCUGGCUGGACAACAACAGCAUCAACUACCUGCCUGACUCCAUCGUGGAGCUGGAGAAGCUGGAGGAGCUCGUUUUACAGGGUAACCAAAUAGCCAUACUUCCAGAUAACUUUGGGAAGCUGUCCAAAGUCAGCAUUUGGAAGGUGAAGGACAACCCUCUCAUCCAGCCUCCGUACGAGGUGUGCAUGAAGGGGAUCCCGUACAUCGCAGCCUAUCAGAAGGAGCUGGCUCAUUCGCAGCUCGCUGUGAAGCCGCGGUUGAAACUGGUCCUGAUGGGGACAAAAAACGCUGGGAAGACCCGGCUGAGGCAGAGCGUGGUGAGCAAUCAGCAGGACGCUAAAGGCGUCCAGGGGAACAAAGGAAUCGAAGUGACUAACUGGGUGGCGGACGCUGAUCGCUGUCUCACGUUUCUCGUGUAUGAUCUGUCAGGGAAGCAAAACUACGACCUCAUCAAACCCUUUUUUCUCUCCCCUGGUGCUCUCUACGUCCUCGUCAUCAAUCUCAAAGCAUACUCACCCAAGAACUUUUACGCCCAUGUUGGGUAUUUCCUCCACCUCCUCAGUGCCAAAGUACCCCACGCCGUUGUGUGCUUGGUGGGCACGCAUGCAGACCUGUGUGGGGAGGUGGAGCUGGAGGAGAAGAGUCUGGACAUUCACAGGCAGAUCGGCCUGCAGGAGAAGAGGGACAUCCAGGUCCUGAGGAGCCUGGCUCUGCAGGUGGACCAGGCGCUGGAGCAGGGCUACAACGUCCGCUCCUUUAGCCCUCACGUCCUCUUCUACGCCGUCUCAGACAGGAACCUGAGGCGGAGGAAGUCCCAGCUGCAGUACAUGCUGAACCACCGGCUGCAGAUCCUGUCUCCUGUGCUGAGCGUCAGCUGCACGGAGACCCAGAGGAACAUCCAGAGGCUGAGGGAGAAGCUCAUGUCCGUUGCUGACCACAGGGACAUCUUCCCCAACCUCCACCGCGUGCUGCCAAAGUCCUGGCAGAUGCUGGAGGAGCUGCACUUUAAGCCCAAAGACCUGUGGCUGUCGUGGUGGGACUCAGCCCGUCUGGGCCUGCAGGCGGGGCUCACGGAGGACCGGCUGCAGAGCGCCUUAUCCUACCUGCACGAGAGCGGGAAGCUGCUGUACUUUGAGGACAGCAUCACUCUGAAGGAAUAUGUUUUCCACAAUCUUCCACGAUUCAUUGCAAUUCUCAACGUCUUCUUCCAGAGGGACGAGUCCUCGCUGCUGGACAGGCUCCUGUCGGAGGGGGAGAGGGGGGACAAAGGGAGGGUGAGUCUGGUCAUAGAGGACGAGAAGGGAGAGAACCUCAGGGUGACCCAUCUGCAGCACCACGUGGAGGGCUUCCUCCAACACGGCCUUCUGCCCUCCAACGUCAUCCGCCUGCUCCUCAGGCCGCUCAUCCAGACCCAGCAGGACCUCCACCUCAUCAUGGAGCUGCUGGAGAAGAUGGGGAUCUGCUACUGCAUCAACAAACCCCGCAGCAAGCCCCUGAACGGAGCCACGGCCUGGUACAAGUUCCCCAGCUACGUCAGCAGCGAGGAGCCCCGGGCGGAGGCCUCGGCCGGCGGGAGCUCUCUGCCGCUGUGUCACUUCUUCUCCGUGGAGCAGCUGCACAUCCAGUACAGCUUCCCCUUCCUGUUUCCUCCCGGACUGUUUGCACGCUUCAGUGUGCAGAUAAACAGCCACGUGGUGCAGAGGUCGGACGGCAGGCAUCAGAUCUUCGCCUACAGAGGUAAAGUCCCCGUGGUGAUCAGCCACCGGCCCUCCAAAGGGAAGCUGCAGGUGGAGACUCUGUCCAUCGCCAGCCACGCCUCGCUGCCCAACAUCUGGACGGCGUGGCAGGCCAUCACUCCGCUGGUGGAGGAGCUGAACGUGCUGCUGCAGGAGUGGCCCGGCCUGCACUACUCUGUACAUAUUCUCUGUUCCAAGUGCCUGAAGAGAGGGUCGUCCAACCCACACGCCUUUCCAGGUGAGCUGCUGAGCCAGCCGAGGCCCGACGGUCUGACCGAGAUCAUCUGUCCAAAGAACGGCUCGGAGCGGGUCAACGUGGCUCUGGUUUACCCUCCGACACCCACCGUGCUCAGCCCCUGUCUCAAGUGAUCCAAGGGGGGGCCGGCUCAUCUCACUGUUUCACCAGAGCCUCCACCUCCACCUGUGCACCCCCCCUCUGUCAGCCUGCUUCAUGCCCCCACCACACUGAACUGAACCUCCUGAAGGCAGCACGCUGGAUCACUGCCUCACAUGUUGUUCGGCUGUGUCUCUGAUGUGUCAUCACGUGGACAUCGAACAGUAUUUAAGGAGCACAAACUGUAGCAUCAGCGAGGCCUCGUCCCUUUACUGACCCACCAUGGUUCACACGUCUCUCAGUCUCUGGACAAUAAGAUGAUUUUUUAUUUUGAACUCUGAAAAGACUCUUUGAAUCAUUUCUACACGAUGAAGCAAAAGUACAAACUUGUUUUUAACGCUGAGAAACUUGUUUAAUCGUGGGCCAGAUUUCUGCCAAGUGUCACCUCGGAGCUUUUUACUGGACUGAAAUAAUCUGCAGUAUGUUUAAAUGUGUGACCUCGGCUCUUUGUGUAAAGUGUGACAACAUGAAAAUGUGUUGAAUUUCAGUGCAAGAAGAGGAACUGCAACGAUGUGUAAAUAUUUCUCUGGGCCUACAUUUCAGGUUUGGAGGUGGGGCUGUGUCGGGAGCUUAGCUGUGAUUUCAGAUUUAUUGAGAGGUUUAAAUCCCAGCUGUUCAUAUAGACACCACUCCAAUGUCUGCAUGCUAUAUAUGAAGCUACAGCCAGUAGCUGGUUAGCUUAGCUUAGCAUAAAGACUGGAAACAGAGGGAAACUUUAGCCGAAUUAAACACAAAAUGUGACACAUAUAAAUAAGAUAAGGUUUCAGUAUCAAUAUGUAAUGUCCAGAGACAGUGUGGCUGGCUUAAGGGAUUCUAAGUUUCACAUCUGUACAGUCAAUAUGAGGCUACAGCCAGCAGGUGAUUAGCUUAGCUUAGCAUAAUGACUGUAAACAGAGGGAAACUGUAGCCAAAUUAAACAUAAAAUGUAAACAAAUAUAAAUAAGUUAAAAUGAUGAUUAAGUGUCAUUGUUUAAUGUGAAGACACAGAGAGGAAAAUUAAAAUCACACAUUUUUAAAGGGAGAUAUGUGACUUUCUUCAGCCAGCAGCUGGUUAGCUUGGCUUAGCAUAUAGACUGUAACCAGGGCAAAUUGUAGCCCAAUUAAACAUAAAACAAUAACAAAUAUGUAUAAGUUAAAAUGACAUUUCAGUAUCAUCGUGUAAUGUCCAGAGACAGCGAGGAAAAUUAAAAUUGCAGAUUUUUGAAGGGAGUAUUGCUAUUUCUUCAUCCAGCAGCUGGUUAGCUUAGCAUAAAGACAUGAAACAGAGAAAGUUUAGCCGAAUUAAACAUAAAGCAAUAACAAAUAUGAAUGAGUUAAGAUGAGUGUUCAGUAUCAAUAUGUAAUGUCCAGACACAGUGGGGAAAAUUAAAAUCACAGAUUUUUGAAGGGAGUUUUGUGACUUUCUUCAGCCAGCAGCUGGUUAGCUUAGUUUAGCUUAGCAUGUAGACUGGACCCAGGGGGACUGUGUAACUGAAUUAAACAUAAAACAAUGACAAAUGUGAAUGAGUUAAAAUGACAUUUCAGUAUCAAUAUGUAAUGUUGAGACAGAAUGAGGAAAAUUAAAAUCCCAGUUUUUUGAAGGGAGUUUUGUGACUUUCUUCAGCCAGCAGCUGGUUAGCUUAGUUUAGCAUAAAGACAGAAAAUGGGGACAUUUAAACUAAAUUAAACAUAAAACAAUAACAUAGACAGACAGCUGCUGUUUAGCCGAGCUAAGCUAACCAGAUGCAAAGUGACACAGCUCCAGCUCCAUUAUAACAGGAGAGAGGUGCGAUGUUCCUGCAGCAGAAAAUCACUUCUCUGUGAAGAAGUUUGGUGGAGCAUGAGAUGAACUUUAAUGCCAAGGAUGUGGGAGCUGAGUGGAGAUGAGAUCAGAUAUUUAUCCACAGCGUCCCGCAGGUCUAUCAACUGUACAUAGAAGGACGAGAAGGCAAAGAGCAUCAGGUGUUAGCUUCACCUCACCCCGUCUCUUCAGAUUCAUUUCUGGAUGUUUUUUUCACUGAACUGUGUCGAGGGGAUUUUUUUUGUCCGAUGUAAAUAAUAUCUUUAUUUUUGUAUGUUGACUCGAGGUGUCGCCACUCUUUGAGCUUUGACUUUAUUUACAGUGCAAUGUUGUGCAUGACUCACUGUGAGAGUGCACAUGGGGUUUUAUAUGUAGCUGGUUCCAACAUCUCACAGGACAACAUGAAAUACCAAAUAAACCAAUAACUGGCUUUAGUACCACUGAA